AAAAGAAUAAAGAUUUUAGUUCUCUUCCGUUAUCGAUAGGUUACGCUCACGUUCUCUUAGUUUCACUCACGUUCGUUUAGGUUCGCUCGGAUUGCAUUUAUUCGUCUUCCCUAUUUAUGAAAGCGAUAAAUUCGAAUCAAGUUAUUAAUCAUAUUAAAAAGUACAAAAUGGAAGACGUGGUUGAAAGUCUGAAAUUAGUUCGCGACAAAAUCAUCGCUGCAUCUGCUGAACGAGAACCGGAAUAUACCUAUUUUGAACCUCGUUUAGUAGUUGUAAGCAAAUUGAAGCCUCCAGAGUUGAUUGUUGCGGCUUAUGAGGCUGGUCAAAGACAUUUCGGAGAGAAUUAUGUUAAUGAAUUAAAAGAAAAAGCAUUUGAUUCAUCUAUCGUUGAUAAAUGCAAAGAUAUUCGAUGGCACUUUAUUGGACAUUUACAAAAAAAUAAAGUGAAUAAAAUUAUAAGCAUACCAAAUUUAUAUAUCAUUGAAACAGUUGAUAGCAAACAAAUUGCAACUGCAAUUGAUAAUGCAUUCUCAAAAGUAAAUGAAAAAAACUCACAAUUGAAAAUUAUGGUACAGGUCAAUACAAGCGAAGAAGAAGCAAAAAGUGGUUGCAAAGUAGAAGAAGUAUCAGAACUUGUGAAGCAUAUUAUGGAUAACUGUAAACAAUUGGAAUUUACUGGUCUUAUGACAAUAGGUAUCUACGGAUACGAUACUUCAAACGGCCCAAAUCCAGAUUUUCUACGCUUGAAGAAAUGUAGAGAAGAUCUAUGUAAAGAAUUAGAACUUGAUAUAAAAAAAGUGGAACUUUCAAUGGGAAUGUCUACCGAUUAUGAACACGCGGUAUUACUUGGAAGUUCAAAUGUAAGGGUGGGAACUGCUAUAUUUGGCGAGAGACCGAAGAAAGGUGGUCAAUAAUACUAUAAUGAAAAAUGAGAUUUUUCUUCGUUAAAUUAUCGUAAAAUCUUCGGAUUACAUAUACUUAAUAUAUCGAAAUAAUUAUG